AGAAAAGUUCCUACUAGUUAUUUGAAUCAAAGAAUAUUUACGUAUAUUAUGUUCAGAAUACUAGACCGUAUAUGAUGCACAACUGACACUAAAAUAAAGCUGCAGUACUCAAGUGUUCAUGGAGUCAUUAUUAUGAGCAUAACGUUAUUCCCGAGUUUCUUAUAUUUAGGCGAAUACCUAGUUACUGAUUGGUCUUGAAAAUGGAUCACAUUCUUUCCGUUUCCAAACCCCAUAUUCCUUAUGGACACGUAGAUUACUAACUCCGGUAGCGUUUCAUAAAGGAAUAAAUACCAUAAACCAUACUUUGCAAUAAAAAGACAGAAAGGGGAACGUAGUAUUAGUUGAAAUAUUUGCUGAGAAGUCUAUACAGUUUUAAAUAAUUGAGAAAACAACAUUAAGAUGGAGGGAGACAGAGGGACGACUAUCCCGCGGAUCGAGGCUCCCACUCUGGACCGCGGCCCAAACAUAAGAUGGUUGGGGCCUGGGUGACCAAAGGCACGAAACUUCCCAGUCUGGUGAGAAAGGAACUGCAACACUGGAUUGUGUAAUACCAAGACAUUAAUGGAAAAUUUAACUUUAGAUUGAUUAUGUUUUAGUAAUAAAAUGGCAAAAGGAAAUGGCAAGGAACGGGAGGAAUAUUAGAGAGCAUGGAUUGAAGAGAAAUUGAGAACUGAGAAUUCGCAGCUUCAAGUUGUGAGUCGAACAGAGCAGUCGAACACAAAAGGCUCACUGAUACUCCUCUGCCAUGGAGGGACUGCCUAGUGUUCGCGGUGUGUUUCUGUGUGGAGGAAGGCUUCGCCCUGUGUUCCCAAGGAAGUGCCAAGAAGAGCUGGCAAGAAUGAGUCAGCGGAGUCUAGUACGGUGCAUGCGCUGGGAACACUAAGGAGAGGGACAGUCAAUCGAGAUACGUCACUUUUAUGUAACGAGUGUGACGAGUGCUGCGUCAGACUCGUCACAAGUGUAGCUUCAGGACACGCCCGGCCGAUGAGAAUGGAAGGGAUGGACGGCAUGUGUAAUGUCAGUGGAAGAAAGAACAAUGGCUGUGUGGAAUGCUAAAGAGUCCCUUAUGUUGGCCUGGCGGGGCCCUGGCAUACAUGUCCUGCCGCCACCAUGAGGAAUGAUCCGCGAAGGGACGAGAUGAGUAUUUCGCCCUGCGUUGCUUCAUGACUCCCCAACACCAGCACACCUCCUCGCCUUCACUAGAUUUCAGGACGCUAGCGAAGGCAGCACCGUCCACCAAAGAUUCAGAGGCCGUGACAGGAAGCAACAGAGGACACUUACACAUACCAGGAAAUAUUUGAUAUGCCGAAGGAGAGGGAUGCCAUUACGCUGAGAAUAAAUAAUGGCUAGUCAAGACAGCUUCUUCAACACUCCUGUAGGUGCACAAAGAGGGGUGCCACCUCUAAGGUUGGAACAUGGUUAUUGUGCCAAGAUUCAGCCACCUGCAUCUUCCUGCAUAACACACCAGCCGGACUCUGACGUGGUUCAUGAGGAAGUAGAGGUUUUACGAGAAAGAACCCAACUCCUUUUGGAUAGCUCCAGUUCAGAGACAAACUAUCAUACUAGGUCAACAUCCAGCAUCUCUAGUUGUGCUUCUCCACUUGCACUGAAGUUUCAAGAGCAGAAGCAAUCACUGGUAUCUCUCGACUCUCAGGAUUUGGCUCUCAGACAGCCAAAAUCAUCAGUUGUGAAAGAGAAGUCAGCAAGGGUGAAAACAGCCACUAGAGGAAGAAGGGAGAUGAAGAGAUUGAUGGCAGAGAAGAUAGAAGAAGAAAAAACAGAUUUUCCAUCAUUAUUACUUGAUUGCUUCAAAACAAAAGCUGUAUUAGCCAAGCGAGUAAGCCGGAUACUGACUCCAAGUGAAAGAAUUGGCAGCAACUUCACCCCAUACUCCUACUUGGUUCGCAUUCCUCCAAGGUUUCCUCGUGGCCGACAUAGUUACUCAGUGCUGCCUUACAUUCUUCAUUACAACACUAAGCCACCAAGGAGCCCUGAAAGCCGUGUAAUAGUAAUUAGCAAGCUUCUCCGGCGAAAAUACUCUCUGUGGGCAUCAUCUCAGUCCACAUCUAGUUCUGCCAAGGCUGUACGGUCUUUGCACCACACUCGUUCUUCACAUAAAGGCUUCAGUCAUCCGAGGAUUUCUUCAGUGGGAAUGAAGGUCAUUCAGAAGUUUCACUUACAAGAUGUGUUGAGAAAACAAGAAGAACGAGCUAGGAUUAAAGCUGCUCUUCGCACUAGGAAUCGGCAGCCACAACCUAAGAAGAUGAGUAAAAAAGUUGAAGGCCCAGUAAGAUAUAGAGAAGCCACUCAGCUUUGUGGUCUUGAGGAACAGUUACUACGUCAGAGGGAAUCACGAGCCAAUCGUCCCCUUCCAUCAGAACAAGAUCUUGCCAGAUUUGAGGAGUAUCUACAGAGAGGAAUCCAGAGCAACCAGAUCACCACUCCCCCCCCUAACCUGUUGAAAGUGGUCACUCUCGAUGUGGACAAAAUGGUACUUCGGAAUAUCAGAUUCCGCCUUGUUGUUAGUGAGCUUGUUGAGGAACUGAGGGACUGUUAUUUGCAAGGGGUGAGGCAUGCAGUACUCAGGUAUGCCCUCCUCUGUCCUUCUGUCAGAGCAAGAUUAAAUAUCAUGGUGGCACCUGAGGAACACGAGCCUGUAGUGGUGAGGGCACCUGUACCUUGGCAUCAGAAUUUCAUCACUGGUGCUCAUCAUUGCUACCACAAUCUUUUUGCUCUCAAUCAUGUCCUGGGCACCCUAGAUGCUAUAUGGGAAGAAAGGUUUUCCAACCUUCGAUUUGUGGAUAUGGGCCUUCUUGUAGGGGGACAAGACAAGCCUGUUCCUACACCACAGGUCUUGGAGGCAUCUGUUCGCUCCCAGUGCUCUCAGACAAGGGCUGUACUUCUACAAAAAUGGUUACCAGGAGUUGCAAGGGUAUUUGAGGAGCUUGUGGGGGCCUGGCGUGAAUUGGUGCCUUCUGAAGCUGGGGAUAGCUUGCGGCAAGUGAGGAGAUUUUUCAGUGCUGUGAGAUCUAGGAUGUCUCUCCAGCUGCGCAGUCUUGUCCUAGCCUCCAUUUCAGAUUUCCGGGACUGUUUGCUACGUCACAAGACUGGGAACAGCUACACUGGAGAAUAUAUGGAGGAAAAGUACUUAGAGAAGGCAGUGGUAGAGGUGGCAGUUGCUGUGGAAGAGCGGGUUGUUAGUUUUCAGCCACCAUUGCAAAAAACUCAUGAGUGCCUGCUGGGAUGUCUGGCGUCCAUUAUUGAGCACAACCAGCGCAUUCCCAGGGUUGAGCGACUCCUUUUCCCUGAGAUGUCACGACGAAAGCUGUACUUGCAAGCAGUAAGUGAAGGGGAGGAGGCAGUAGAGGCUGUGCGUGCAGAAGUGUCAAAAGUGUUUGCAGCCAAUGCUGCAGGACCUUCCACUUACAUCAAAUUGUAUAACCAAUAUACACACCUCCUAGAUGGAUCCACUUGCACUGCUGUCCAUGAUUUUAUCAACAACUGUGGUGUUUUGAAGGAGGGCAAGAAGCAGUUAGCCAAUUUGCAGCAGUUAGGGGGAGAGGCAGUUCAACUGUGUGAUAUGGUUCCACUAGGCUUGAUUCUCCUGAAUUGUCAUCAAGUCAAUCACCAGCUCCAACAACAGGUAAAGGAGCUGACAACAUCAAUCUUAGACUACUUUGUCCUCCGCAACAAAGAACAUGACAAAGAUAUUUGUCGGUCCUUUGAUGAGAUGUCAACAAAACUGAGUCAGGUAACAGAUGUGACAGCUGAGAUUGUGGAAUUGAGUAACUAUCUCCACAUCUGUUCGUCUCAAACUAUGACGCAGCUGCUGCAGGAGAUCCAGAAUGCCACUGAUCGUUUGAUGUUCCUCUUGCAGUUUGGAAAAGUGCCAGAAGACCAGGUGCCACUUAUCAAUCGAAUGUAUGCCUGGCCACACAAAAUCCAAGAAGAUUUCCGGUUGGCUGAAGCGAGGCUUUCUCACAAGCGUGACCUCAAAGAAACUGCUCUUAAAGCUCGUGUAGCUAACUUUGAAAAGACACUGCAGGUAUACCAUAAAGAACUUGAGGAUUUACGAAGCCGUGACAACUUCAUUAUGAAAGAAAUCCGGGUAGACACCAUGAAAAGAAAUGUGGAGAUGCUUGACCGUCUCACCACACAGCUGCAGGAAGCCAAAGAAGAGUUGCAGGGAAUAAAUGAGGAGCAAUCACUUUUAAGUUGGGAGAUGACAAAGUUUCCAUUACUUCAGUCAAUGGUAUCUCUCAAAGAACCAUAUGAUCGCCUCUGGCACACAACAUAUGAUUUUCAUCAGAAGUAUGAGCGAUGGUACAAUGGUCCAUUUGUGGGACUCGAUGCUGAAGCUAUCAGUGAUGAAGUGGAAGAAAUGUGGAAGACCAUGUUUAAGCUCACCAAGACUUUUAUGGAUCAGGUAGGGUCACGUCGUGUGGCAGAGUACGUUAAGGAGAGGAUUGAGAAAUUCCGCCUACAUGUGCCUGUUCUGCAGUGCAUCUGUAGCCCAGGCCUACGUGAGCGACACUGGACUCAGCUUGGAGAACAUUUGGGAACUGAAUUGAAUCUGACUCCUGAGACAUCCUUAGCAGACAUGAUAGAAGCUGGCUUACCUAAAAUACAGAGAAAACUGGAGGAGAUCAGCCAUGCAGCUUCAAAAGAGUUUAGUCUGGAAAAGGCACUUGAGAAAAUGAAAGGAGAAUGGGCCUGUGUGGUAUUUGAGUUCAAACCGUGGAGGGAGACAGGUGUCAGCAUAUUGGCAGCAGUAGAUGACAUCCAAGUGCUCCUAGAUGAACAUACACAAAAAGUGCAGACUAUGAGAGGCUCUCCUUAUGUUAAACCCUUUGAGGCAGAAAUACGCAGCUGGGAGGAGAAGCUUUUAUCCAUGCAAGAUAUCCUUGAUGCCUGGAUUAAGUGCCAAAUGACCUGGUUAUAUUUAGAGCCAAUAUUUUCAUCUGAAGAUAUCAUGAAGCAAAUGCCAGUUGAAGGACGGAAAUUUACCCGUGUUGAUCAGACAUGGAGGGAAUUGAUGACUACAGCAGUCAAAGAUCCACAUGCUUUAGUAGCCACCCAGCAACCUAAUAUGCUUCCAAGGCUUCAUGAAUGCAACCGUUUGCUGGAGGAAAUACAAAAGGGUCUCAAUGACUACUUAGAAAAGAAACGUUUGUUUUUUCCAAGGUUUUUUUUUCUUUCAAAUGAUGAACUACUUGAAAUUCUGUCAGAAACUAAGGAUCCUCAGCGAGUACAACCACACCUUAAAAAAUGUUUUGAAGGCAUCAGUCGUCUUCACUUCUCACCUCAGCAAGAAAUUGAAGGCAUGAUUUCAGCAGAAGGAGAAUUGGUGCAGUUUAGCAAUAGAGUUAUUCCUGCAAAGGCCAGGGGGUUGGUGGAACGAUGGUUGGUCGAGGUAGAAGAGAUGAUGGUGCAAAGUUUGCAGGAUGUUGCAGUUCGUGCUGUGGAAAACCAUCCAUUAACACCACAUUCACAGUGGAUAACCCAAUGGCCCUCACAAGUAGUACUUACUGUAUCUCAAAUCAUAUGGACAAGUCAAGUGACAGCUGCCUUGUCACAUGAUGGUCUAAAGCAGCAGUAUUUGGAGGAAUGUGAGGCCAGAAUCCAGGAAGUGGUACAGUUAGUUCGAGGACAGGUAGACCAUGGUCUUCGUCUAACGCUGGGAGCCCUGAUAGUCACUUACGUUCAUGGACGAGAUGUGGUGAAGGAACUUUUGAGGAAAGGUUCCUCUUCUUCCUCAGAUUUUACUUGGGAGGCACAGAUGAGGUAUUAUUGGGUCAAUGAACUAGUUGAGGUAAAUAUGAUCCUUAUGUGCCUUCAGUAUGGAUAUGAGUAUCUGGGCAACACCUCCAGGCUGGUUAUCACUCCUCUCACCGAACGAUGUUUCAGGACUCUAAUGGGUGCUCUUAAGUUACACUUGGGAGGAGCACCUGAGGGCCCAGCAGGGACUGGAAAGACUGAGACCUGCAAAGAUCUGGCCAAGGCUGUGGCAAAACAGUGCAUUAUCUUUAAUUGCUCUGAUGGCUUAGAUUACAAGGCUAUGGCCAAGUUUUUCAAGGGAUUGGCCCAAAGUGGAGCAUGGGCCUGCUUUGAUGAAUUCAACCGCAUCCAGUUGUCUGUACUGUCUGUAGUUGGACAACAAAUACAGACCAUUCAGGCCGCAGUGGCUCGCAAGGCCCAGCGCUUCAUAUUUGAGGGUGUGGACUUGGUUCUUAAUCCUAGCUGUACCAUAUUUAUUACCAUGAAUCCUGGAUAUGCCGGCAGAAGGGAGUUACCAGACAGCUUGAAAGUGCUCUUCCGUUCAGUAGCCAUGAUGGUGCCAGAUUAUGUGAUGAUUGCCAAGAUUGUCCUCUUCUCUAUUGGUUUCAUUGAAGCUGACAGUUUGGCAAGAAAAAUCAUUGAUACAUAUCGGCUGUGCUCAGAGCAACUGUCCACACAACACCAUUAUGAUUAUGGCAUGAGAGCAGUGAAGGCUGUUCUGCAGGCAGCCAACAACCUACGACUCCUCAUGCCUGAUGUACCAGAAUCCCAGGUUGUUCUAAGAGCUAUCAGAGAGGUUAAUCUACCCAAAUUUGUAGCUCAGGAUGUGCCACUUUUUGAGGGGAUUGUCCAGGAUCUGUUUCCUUCUGAAAAGGACAGUACCAUUACUAUAGAUCCAGCCCUAAUGACUGCCAUACAGAAGACACUACAAGAGAACAACUUACAAGAUGUUGACUGGUUCCGAGAAAAGAUGGUACAACUUUACAACAUGGUGCUGAUACGGCAUGGAGUAAUAAUUGUUGGGGAACCUCUAAGUGGCAAGACAAAAGCCUACCAGGGGCUAGCAACAGCCUUGGACAAAGUGGGAAGAGAGAGGAAAGUUGGUGAAGAGCAAGGUGUGCAGUAUAAAAUUAUCAACCCAAAAGCACUCAGUUUAGGGCAACUGUAUGGAGCAUAUGAUCCUUUCUCUCAUGAGUGGUCUGAUGGUGUACUGGCAAAGACCUUCCGAGAGAUGGCAGUGUCUGGAAGUGAAGAGCGAAGAUGGCUGGUACUUGAUGGACCUGUUGAUGCUGUGUGGGUGGAGAAUCUCAACACAGUUCUUGAUGACAAUAAAAAGCUAUGCCUUAUGUCUGGGGAAAUUAUCCAGAUGCCAGGAAAAAUGAGUGUCAUCUUUGAGACUUGUGAUUUGGAAGAAGCAUCACCAGCAACUGUGUCUCGCUGUGGCAUGAUUUACAUGGAAAGUAAAGAGCUUGGCUGGAGACCACUUAAGGACUCUUACCUAGCAAGUCUACCUGGAGCAGUAAAGCCAGAAGUGAGACAGAUGAUGGACCAUGUGAUAGAGUGGCUUCUUCCUCCACUCUUGAAGUUUGUGAUGAACAGAUGUAAAUUUAUGAUUCAGACUUCAGAGCUUCAUCUUUUCCAGUCAUUUACACGAUUGCUGGAUGCACAUCUGGAUGAAGUGAGAGAAGCUGACAAGCCUCUAGGACCUAAAAUUUCUGAAGACAAACUGACAUACCUCUUGCAAUAUGUCAUCACUUUUGUUUUUCCAUGGAGUUUGGGCUCCACUAUCACAGGGGCCAGUCGCCGCAUGUUUGACCAGUUCUACCGCAAGCUUCUUCAAGGCAAAGUGGAUGGUUCUCCAAAGCCAGAAAGCUUUAAGCUUACAAAAGGGAUGUUGCCUCCAGAGAGUGGUUUAGUAUAUGACUUCAUAUAUGAAAAGGAGACACAACGUUGGUUAUCGUGGCAUGACAUCAUUAAUCAAGAGCGUCUCUCCAUUCCCUCUGAUGCACAGGUGUCACAGUUGAUGAUUCCUACAGCAGAGACUGCACGCCAAGAAUUCUUCUUGAGAAGCUGUAUAGAUCAUGAUGUGCCUAUGCUUUUAAUUGGUCCCACUGGUACUGGCAAGACUGCCCUCACAAAUACAGUCUUGACUCAUCUCCCGAAGGACAAAUUUAUUGUAAAUACUGUGCACUUCUCAGCUAGGACCUCAGCUGGUCAGGCUCAGGACAUUAUUAUGUCUAAAGUAGACAGAAGAAGAAAAGGAGUGUUUGGUCCAGCCAUGGGCAGAAAAUAUGUUGUGUUUGUUGAUGAUGUCAACCUACCACAAAAAGAGAUGUAUGGUGCUCAGCCUCCCAUUGAAUUUCUAAGACAGUGGUUGGAUCAUCACCAUUUUUAUGAUAAAAAAGAUACAUCAAAAAUUGAGCUUGUGGAUUCAUUAUUUUUGGGUGCAAUGACUCCUCCUAGUACUGGCCGUAAUAACAUCUGUGGACGAUUCACCCGACACCUUAAUAUCAUGUGCAUUGAUACCUUUGAGGAUAAAACGUUAGACAAAAUAUUUGGAUCAAUUAUGACAUGGCGCUUUAGCACUCAAGAAGAUGAAAACAUCCAGAGAUUGAGUAAGACUCUGGUUGAGGCCACUAGAGAAGUGUACAAGAGCAUCAUCUCUACAUUCCUCCCCACACCAGCUAAAAGCCACUACGUUUUCAAUUUAAGAGACUUCUCACGAGUAGUGGGUGGGAUCCUUUUGGUACCCAACACUUGUCUCACUUCUGUUGAUAAAGUUAUCAGACUUUGGCUUCAUGAAACCUAUCGCGUUUUUCAUGAUCGCCUAUGUGAUGACAAUGACAGACAAAAGUUCUUCAUGAUAGUAAGGAAUAUAUGCCAGGAGACAUUUCACCUUGAGUUGAAUUCAGUUUUGACUCAUUUGGUAACAGAGGAAGAAGAUGUAGAUGCCCAACAUCUUAAUAAUCUUAUCUUUGGAAAUUUUAUGAUUCCUGAUGCAGAAAAUCCUACAUAUGAUGAGAUACAAGAUAUGAAGGAACUGCAACAAGUAAUGGAAAACUAUCUUCAUAACUAUAAUCUGGAAACCAAAUCUUCUCUCUCUCUGGUGCUCUUCCAGUAUAUAAUACAACAUGUAUCCAGAAUUAGUAGGGUGCUUCAACAGCACUCUGGUCAUGCUCUUUUGGUUGGUCUUGCUGGUUCGGGUCGUCAAAGUGCAACAAAACUGGCUGCCUUCAUGGCCAAUCAUGAAUUCUUCCAGGUACAUGUGACAAAGACAUAUGGGAUCCAAGAGUGGCGAGAGGACAUAAAAAAAGUAUUAAUGACAGCAGGUGGAGAUGGCCAGUCAACAGUGUUCUUGUUGACUGAUACACAGAUCAAAGAUGAAAGUUUUAUUGAAGAUGUCAAUACCUUACUUAAUACUGGUGACCUUCCCAAUCUUUACACCAGUGAGGAAAGAGCAGAUAUUCUGGAAAGAAUGCAGGCAGAGGCUAAAGAUGAACAGGGGCAGAAGAUGGAUUUAUCUCCUGGAGCACUGCUGAGCCUCUUCACAGAGAGAGUGAAAGCUAACUUACAUCUUGUAGUCUCACUUUCUCCAUUGGGUCACACAUUUACUUCUCGUCUGCGUAUGUUUCCUUCUCUGGUCAAUUGCUGUACAGUGGACUGGUUUACUACAUGGCCUAAUGAAGCUUUGGAAAUGGUGGCCACAACCCUUCUAGAAGACAUAAAGCUUGAAGCUCCACUGCUUGCACAGUGUGUUUCUGCAUGUCAGUAUUUCCACCAUAGUGUGCAGCUCCUUGCCAACAGGUUUCAAGAACACUUACGCCGAAGACACUAUGUGACACCCUCCUCCUACUUGGAAUUGGUGUUUACCUUUCGGCAGCUUCUAAUGCAGAAAAGGCAAGCAAUCCUCACUCUACGAGACAGAUAUGUAACUGGCCUAGAAAAACUGAAAGAAGCAAAGCUGUUGAUCACAGAGCUACAGGAAGAGUUAAAGCUAUUGCAACCACGUCUGGUGGAGACUUCAGCCAAUACAGAAGCUCUCAUGAUAAAAAUUGAACAAGACACUAUACAAGUUGAGCGCAAGAAAGAGUUGGUGGCAGCAGAUGAAGCUGUUGCUAAUAAGAAAUUUGCAGAUGCCCAAGCUAUUAAGGAUGACUGUGAGAAGGAAUUGGCUAAAGCAGUUCCAGCUCUUAAUGCUGCCACAGAUGCUCUCAAUACACUCAAACAGGAUGAUAUUAGAGUAGUCAAGGCCAUGAAGAAUCCUCCCUCAGGUGUCAAGUUGGUAAUGGAGGCAGUGUGUGUGAUGUUGGAUAUAAAGCCAGAAAGAAAACCAGAUUCUAGUGGCUCUGGUAAGAUGAUGGAAGAUUUCUGGGCCCCAUCACAAAAGCUUCUGGGUGAUAUGAAGUUUCUGCAGAAUCUUCUACACUAUGACAAAGAGAACAUACCAAUCAAGAUUAUUUCUCAUGUCCGCAACAAGUUUUAUUUCCACCCGGACUUUGAUCCCAAGAAGAUUCGAAUGGUAUCAAUGGCGUGUGAAGGACUGUGUCGUUGGGUGCGAGCAAUGGUGGUGUACGACCAAGUCAUCAAGAUUGUUGCUCCUAAAAAACAAGCACUAGAAGCUGCUAAUCAUGAGCUUGCUCUCCAAAAUGAAAAAUUAGAAGAGAAAAGGAAGGAACUCCGUGAGGUUACAGACAAACUCCAAGCUUUGAAUGAUGAGUUUACCAAGAAACAAAAGGAAAAGAAAGACUUAGAGGACUCAAUUGUGAGGUGUGAGCAAAAGAGGGACCGAUCAGAGAGGCUCAUUGGAGGCCUUGGUGGUGAACGAGACAGAUGGAGCAGUGAAGCACAAACAUUAAGUGAGAGUUUAGAAAAUAUUGUUGGAGAUGUGCUCAUUGCUGCUGCUGUCAUUGCAUACCUAGGAGCCUUCACAGUGGAGUACCGUGAGGAAUGCAUGAAGGAUUGGCACUGUAAAUGUGGAAAUUUGGGCAUAUCUUGUAGUGCCAUCUUCUCUUUAUAUAAUACUCUGGGUGACAAUGUCCAGUGUCGCACCUGGCACCUGGCGGGGCUUCCUGUUGAUACCUUCUCAGUGGAUAAUGCCAUAGUGGUAUCUCAUUCUCGUCGCUGGCCACUCAUGAUUGAUCCUCAGGGCCAGGCACGUAAAUGGGUUGUGAAUAUGGAAAAGGAAAAUGGACUUCAAAUAGUAAAACAAACUGAUCCUGCCUUUCUGAGAAUUCUAGAAAUAUCAUUGCAAAAGGGCCAGCCUCUUCUGAUUGAAGGUGUUGGAGAAGAACUUGACCCAAUUUUGGAUGGUGUAUUACUGAAGCAGACCUUCACUCAAAAGGGUGUAGAGCAUGUGCAACUUGGAGAGCUAAUAACUGAAUACCAUCCUGAAUUUCGAUUAUAUCUCACAACGAGACUCAGGAAUCCACAUUACCUGCCUCAAGUUACCAUUAAGGUGGUGGUAAUCAACUUCAUCAUAACACAAUUGGGACUGGAGAAUCAGUUGUUAGGAUUGGUAGUAGCACAUGAGCGGCCACAACUGGAAGAAAAAAAGAACCGUCUAUUAGUGGAGUCUGCCCACAACCACCGUGCUCUUCAAAGAACUCAAGAAAAGAUCCUUGAGGUUUUAUCCACUGCUGGCCAGAAUUUGUUGGAAGAUGAAAAGGCUAUUGAUAUAAUGAGUUCUAGUAGGGUUUUAUCAGAGGAGAUUUCUGCAAAGGAGCGAAUAGUUGAAGAAACAGAAUUGGAGAUUGAUGCUGCUCGGGGAGCAUAUCAGCCAGUUGCUAUCCAUGCCUCUGUUCUUUUCUUCUGUGUGUCUGAUCUAGCUGCUAUUGAUACAAUGUAUCAGUUUUCUCUCACAUGGUUCAUCACACUCUACCUUCAGUCCACAAAGAGUACUGCACCCAGCCAGGAUGUAGAUACCAGGAUCAACUUGUUGAAUGUCCAUCUUACCAGAGCAGUCUUCCUCUCUGUCUGUCGUUCACUCUUUGAAAAAGACAAGAUUCUCUUUACCUUCAUGCUGUAUGUUAGACUCCAGCAAGCUAAGGGACGUGUGGAAGACACUGUAUGGAGAUUCUUGCUGACAGGAAUUCCAGCACUGCUGGAUAAUAAAAGCAGUUCAUCUCCCGCACCAUGGCUUACUGAUAAAGCAUGGAGACAUUUAGUGCAAGCUGGAAGUUAUAGCAGCUUAAUGGACAUACACAAGCAUGUGGCAAGACACACCAAAGCAUGGGAGGAAGUGUUCCUGUCAGAUACUCCUCAUCUUGCUGAGUUUCCAAAACCUUACAAGGAUUUGUGUGGAAUUAAUCGUUUAGCAAUCAUCAAGUGUCUGAGACCGGACAAGAUUAUAUCAGCUGUGCAGGAUCUCAUCAGUCAGGAGUUUGGGGAAGAGUACUUGUCAACUCCCCAGUUUGACAUAAGUUCAUCGUUUGGAGACUCAACUUGCCACUCCCCACUGAUUUUUAUCCUUUCACCUGGGAGUGAUCCCAUUGGUGCUCUAUGCAGAUUUGCUCAAGAGAGGGAAAUGGAUGAAGCAGAUAUACAAAUAAUCUCACUGGGGCAGGGCCAGGGUAAAGCAGCAGAGAGCCUUGUGUCACAGGGAGCAGAAGCAGGGUUGUGGGUAGUGCUACAGAAUUGUCAUCUAGCAGAAGAGGGAUGGUUGGCACAGCUUGAAAUAAUCUGCGACCAAGUGCUUCAGUCUGAAAACAUUCAUCCCAGUUUCCGGCUGUGGCUCACAAGUUACCCAUACAAGGAAUUCCCAGUCUCUCUCCUUCAGGAUGGCAUCAAAAUGACCAAUGAACCACCUAGGGGACUGAAAGCAAACCUUCUCAAGUCAUAUCAUACAGAUCCUAUUUGUGAUCCUGAGUUUAUUGCCACUCCAUUUCCUGGCCAAGAUGCACAGCCUUUCCAGCGACUUCUAUAUGGCCUUUGCUUCUUCCAUGCCCUAAUCCAGGAGCGACGUAGUUUUGGACCACUUGGUUGGAAUGUGCAAUAUGAAUUUAAUGAGUCUGACAUGCGAAUCAGUGUCAAGCAACUUCAGAUGCUUUUACAAGGAUGCCAACAAGUGGAAGAGGUUCCGUUAGAAGCUCUGACUUACCUAACAGGAGAAUGCAUCUACGGUGGCCGUGUAACAGACGCUAAGGAUCACAGGCUUCUUCUGUGCCUCCUCAAGAACUUUUACAAUUCAGCAAUAAUGGAGAAUGACAAGUAUUGUGUGUUUGGAACUCCUGAAUACCAAGUACCCUCUGCUACUUCUACUACAUGGCAGACUUAUGUAGAUCAUAUUGCAAGCCUCCCACUCUCAGCUCCACCACAAGUGUUUGGUCUUCAUGCCAAUGCAGACCUUGCUAAAGACUUCUGUGAAGCUGAUCAGCUGUUUUGUGGUAUUCUGCAUCUGGAGCCUCAGUUGAGCAGCAAGGAUAGGGAAGAUGCAGCCAUGCAAGUGAUAAAAGAUCUGGCCUGUGAGGUCCUGGCUCUUCUACCACCACAGUUUGAUUUGAGCCAAGCUGAAAAAAAAUAUCCAGUUACAUAUGAGCAGUCCUUCAACAUCGUUCUCAGACAGGAGUUGUUACGAUUCAAUAGUCUCACUGCCACUAUCAAAAGUUCCCUAAAGGGGGUGAAGAAGGCUGUGAGUGGAGAAAGAGUGAUGUGUGAUAAGACUGAGAUAACCUAUCAAUCAUUAAUGAUUGGGCAACUUCCCCCUUCAUGGGAGACUCAAUCCUAUCCUUCUAGAAAAUCUCUCGCAUCUUAUAUAAGCGAUCUGCUUCACAGGCUAAAAUUCUUCCAACGGUGGUUAGAUGAAGAGUUACCAGAUGUGUUCUGGUUUUCUGGGCUCUUCUUUCCUCAUGCCUUCUUGACUGGUGUUCGUCAGAACUAUGCCCGUCAUCACAGUAUUCCUGUUGACAGGAUAUAUUUCAAGUUUAAGGUGAUGAAUAAGGAAGUUGAUGACAUCAUUGAAGAGUGUAUUCAACCAAAUUUUGUAGAGUUACCACAAAUUAUUGAACAGCUGCCUAAUCCCACCAUGCAAGGACAAUACAACAUCCAAGAUACAGAUAUGGAUGAUGAACUGUGCCUUACAGAGGAAGAAGACAACUCUCAAGGAAAAGAUAGUGAAAAGCAGAGAGGAAAAAACUCAAAUACAUGCAGAGAAGAAGAGGAGAGUAAAGAUGAUGUCAGUGAAGGUUUCUACAAUCAAAUUAACAGUGAUGAUACAGUCUAUCAUGUAAUUCCCAAGCAAGACCAAGGAGGAAUCUACACAUGGGGUUUUUACCUAGAAGGUGCACAGUGGAAUCGUGAACUGCAAUUCUUAGCAGAGAUGUCAAAGAAAAAGCUGCAUGACCAACUCCCCAUCAUCCUUUUCCAGCCUGAUAUUUUACCAGAAGGUGCUGAUAAUCAUGACUCGGAAGAUGGAGGAUAUUGGUGCCCAGUGUAUCGGACUAGUCAGCGUAGUGGCACUCUUUCCACCACUGGCCACUCCUCAAAUUACAUUCUAGACUUGUUGCUACCUUCAAGCCAUCCUCCACAACACUGGGUGUGUCGAGGAGCAGCUGCACUCACUCAACUUGAUGACUGAAUAACAAAAGAAAGAAGGGUGAAGCUUUAUUGUUACUAUUUCACUAAAAAGAUAUGAUGUUUUAUGCUUAAAAAUUACUUGUAUUAUUCAUACAUAACUACUUAAACCUUGAUAUCACAGCAUAAUAAGUAUUUUAUUUCCAUAGCUGGGCACAAUGAUGGCAACAUUAUCACUAUAACUGAUAAACUGAUAACAAGAACCUUAUCUGCAAGGACAAAUAAUCAAUAUCUGAUAAUAAAUAUAACUGCUAAAUUGAUAAAUCAAGAAUCUUCAUUCUUGUGAAAAUGAUAUUGAUACUUCAGUUACUUAGAAAUUGAUAAAUCCAGUCUUUGCUUUCAUAUUUAACAAAAAUCUUACAGAAAAAUUAAAAUACAAUAUUUACCCUGUCUCUUCACAAGUGAAAAAUACUGUACAGUCUUAAGUAGUAUAACUACAUUAAAUUUGAAUAGUUAGAAAUUUCAUCAUGUUCAUGUUCCAAAUAAACUUUCUUUUUUA